AGUGUUGUCUGGCGUUCUUGAGCAUGCCAAAAAAAAACCCGGACUUGCCCACCAGCAGCAGCAGGAGCAUAAAUGCAGCCUUAUAUGCAUAACUGUACAGUAUAUCACGUCCUGAAGGCAUUCUGCAGAGCUCUGAACACGGUUCACGAGGAGGAUCUAGAAAUAUCGCGGUGAUAUAGAUAUAUGUUUUGUUAUUUCAUUUUUCUUUUUUUUUUGCGGGGAUUUUUUUUUCUUUCUUUUCCUGCAUUGAAGUGAAACUACGGGGCCUGAGAGGAAAAACUUUCCAUCCUGCCCUGGAAACAUUAUUGAACAUGGCACUGACGUGUGGCGCCGUCAUUUCUCUCUCUCUCUUUUCGUCUUCACGUCCACAUAAUCCUAUAUAACGAGCUUAAAGCCGGGGUAGAGGAGCAGAAAUCUAGCAGAAGGGCGCUAUAUCGAUAAAUGUGUGUAUGAAUUUAUAUUUACACGUAAUAAUCGAUAUUUCGUAGCAGAUCGAUAGAAAAGUUGCUCGACGGCGUGUAAAGGCGCGCGCGCUGCCCCCCCUUCACCCUCACUGUUAUUUUUGGUAUUUUUUUUUUUUCCCCCUUGUCGCGUGCCAGAUGUGCGCGAGCCCCGCGGUUAGCCUCCAUGCUAAACCCCCGACUCGGGUUUUUCUUUUCCUCAUGAAAACGUAAUUUGAUUGUUAACGUUGGUUUAUUCAUUUACGACAAAAAGAAAUCCAUAAUACAACCCACGAUAUAUUGCGGUCUGAUAUCCGGAGGAGGGAGUUCAGGAAAGGACGCGGCUGCUCGGUAGGGAAACAGGCCCUCCUGCCUCAAACCCCGACACACACACACACACACACACACACACACACAUAUACACAAAAUGGCUCGACCAGCUUCAGUGUUGGUUACGAGUGAGCAGAAAUGCCUCGGUGUUCAGCUUGUGCUCGGUUUUGUCACCCGGCUGCCCGGUUUCGAGACCCGCCGUGUCUCCCGGAGACACGAUCUGUGACUGAGGUCGGUGUAAAAACCCCUUUUUCAGACUGCGAUAUUUAACACAACAGUUAGGAGUUUUUUUGCCGAAACGUUUAGACUGAAUCUGAAAUUAUCAUUAUUAUUAUUAUAGAAAAAAAGAAAUAUGAGAGAGUACACUUAUUUGGCGGUGUUUCGCACGGAAAGUGGAACGUGAAACGCGAAAUAGUGACUUUAGGCGGACAGGAUUUCUACAACGAACUGGGGUUAGGACACUUUAAGGAAAAUCUCUCAUUUUAUCUCUUUCUCAAUAUAUAUAUAAAUAUACAUAAAACCAAAAAAGUUUUUUUGCGUAUGGAUGAAAUGCGCUUGAAUAAGAAGGCCGCCGGAGCGGGUUUACGGCUCGCGGGAUCUUGGCGGAUGAAAGGGGCAACGCGAGGGGCUUCAGCGCCUGCCUGAUGGGAUCCGAGUGCUGACGUCAUCCACUCCAGGGCUAAUGGACUACUCGAGAGUCUGAGACACACACACACACACAUAUACACACACACGAGAGAGAGAGAGAGAGAGAGAGAGAGCUUGGAAAGGCGUCUGUUCUGUUUGUGGAUGUUUUUCUCUCCGUCCAGCCCCUUUCCAUCCCCUAAGCAUCCCUUGAUUAUGUGACGGGCUUGUUGGCGAGCGCUUGUCGUCAUGGCAUCCCCACGACAGCAGCAGCAUCAGCAGCAGCGGGCGUUGAAAAACACAGAGGUUAGCUGCGACGGCGGAGGAGGAGGCGUGAAUGUCCGCAUUAGCGACGCCCCCUCGCAGAAGCGGGUUUCCGUGGAACGCGAGCCCUCGAGCUGGGGCGAAAGUGUGAGCGAGCAGGGCCCGACGGGGAGCGCCAAGCCGUCCAAGUACAGCAUCUCAUCCAGCUGCAGCUCGGGCGAAUACGGGAUUCGGCGGACGGUGAUGAGCAGCCUGCGCAGCCAGCGGACGGUCCCGCAGCUCUUUGAGAGGUCGGCAGCGCAGUGCUGGGACCCCAAGUUUGACUCGCCGACGCUGGAGGAGGCGUGUAGGGAACGGUGCUUCCCGCAGACUCAGAGGCGCUUCCGCUAUGUGCUGUUCUACCUGGCCGUGGCCGCGCUGCUGUGGGGCGUGUACUUCGGAGUCAACAGUUUUAGAUGCAAACCUGCCAGCUUCUUGCUUCCCACGGCAACCUUCCUCAUCUUGUGCCUCCUGCUCCUACUGUUCACCUUCUCGCGGCCCUACAUCUGGCUCUAUAACCAGGCCUCGCUGCUCCUGAUCGUCAUCACGAUUUGCAUCACUCUUGCGCCGCAGAUGCAGUCUUCCGGUUUUGCUAGUUUCAAAUGGCAUAAAGAGGACAAUCAGACACUGCCGUGUAUCUCUCCUGUUGGGACGUUUUCUCUCUGCAUGGAAGUGCUACUAUUGCUCUAUAGCAUGCUCCACCUGCGGCUCUAUGCCUCUGUGCUUCUGGGGCUUUUGUACUCUGUGCUUUUUGAGACGCUAGGAUGGGUACACAUCAAGCAGGUGGAUGGUCAAGACAUGGGGAGUUUGUCUGACGGUGAAGCUCAGGGGUCAAGCCAAGACGUGCCGCUGCUGUGGCUGGUGCCCGGAAAAGUACUUCUCCACCUGUGCGCUCAUGCGAUUGGCAUGCAUCUGUUCAUCAUGUCAGAGGUGCGGUCCAGGAGCACGUUCCUAAAAUUGGGACAAGCCAUCAUGCAUGGAAAGGAGCUGGAGGUGGAGAAGGCACUGAAGGAGCGCAUGAUCCACUCUGUCAUGCCGAGCCGGGUGGCCGACGAGCUGUUGAAGCAGGGCGAUGAGGAGAGUGAGAGCUCCGGGAAGCGCUACAGCGCUGGGACUUGUUCGGCCUCUGUGUCUGGCGGCGGUGCCUCGACCUCCAGCCCCAAGAACAACAAGCGCAAGAAGACGUCGAUCCCGCGUGGCCAGAUCAUCUUCCGACCCUUCAACAUGAAACGCAUGGAGCCUGUAAGCAUCCUCUUCGCUGACAUCGUAGGCUUCACGAAGAUGAGCGCAAACAAAUCGGCACCCGCCCUGGUGGGUUUGCUAAACGACCUGUUCGGCCGUUUCGACCGGCUGUGCGAGCUGACCCGCUGCGAGAAGAUCAGCACGCUCGGUGACUGCUAUUACUGCGUUGCAGGGUGCCCCGAGCCACGUGACGACCAUGCCUACUGCUGCGUGGAGAUGGGACUGGGUAUGAUCCAGGCCAUCGAACAGUUUUGCCAGGAGACGUCCGAAACAGUGGACAUGCGUGUGGGCGUACACACGGGAACCGUGCUCUGUGGUAUCCUGGGAAUGAAGCGUUUUAAGUUUGACGUCUGGUCCAACGACGUUAACCUGGCUAAUCUUAUGGAGCAGCUUGGUGUUGCUGGAAAGGUCCACCUGUCUGAGUCUACAGCCAGCUUUCUCGAUGACCGUUACGAGAGAGAGGACGGCAGAGUAAUGGAACGCGCCGGGCAGAGCGUCACCGAGCAACUGAAAGGCUUAAAGACGUAUCUAAUCUCUGGGAGGAAGAUGGGCUCGCAGUGCGGCUGUUCUCAGAACAGCCUGGGACGAGACUCCAGUGAAACGCCAAGGCCUUCCCCACACACACACACUUCUGAGCUCACACACUCUGCUGUGGUUGACCACAUUAAGUCUCCAUGUGUGUCCUGUACUGUAGUAGUGGAGGCCGCUGGUAAUUUGCUGGCUGAUGAGAUGACACAAAAUGGCGGCCAGGAUGAACACAAAGCCAACAGCAGCAAGUUCCCAAAAGCUGUGAACGGGCUCCUCAGUCCGCUGUGUGAGGAAGCCGUUCGAGCCAGCCAGGCCUCCCUGUGCGAGAUGCUGCAGAAGGACAGGAGUCUGGGGACGGGGUCAACAGGGGGAGGUGGAACCGGGACUGGAGGAGGCGGAGCCAUGGACCACUCUGCUUUAAUUCCGCUCCGCAGCAAAGGCUUUCGAGAGAAGAGUGACGUGCACUUUGUUGAAGUCAUUAAGGAGGACAGCUUGAUGAAAGAUUAUUUCUUUAAGCCACCAAUCAACAAACUGAGCCUGAACUUCCUAGUGAAAUCUCUGGAGUCUGCCUUUCGUAAAAAUUACCAGCAGGAGGUGACAAGCCACGCUCCCGUGCAGACGUUUGCUAGUCCCGUGUUUAGUUCUCUGCUGGACGUGCUGCUGUCGUGCGCUGUCUUCCUCGCCCUCACGCUCGCCUGCUUCCUCUACCCGAUGGUUACCAUGGAGAUGCCUCCUGCCACCACGUUCGGCCUGGCGGUGACCGCCGCUGUACUUGAGCUUGUGUCUCUCAUCCUGUCUAUUCGUAUGACCUUCUACCUGGACAACGUGUUCAGCUGCACUCAGUCCCUCCUGAAGUUGGUGUCUGGGUGGGUGCCCCGUCAUGUGGUAGGCGCUGUGCUUGUGUCCCUUCCUGCCAUUUCGGUUUUCUCCCACCUGGCAUGCAGCCUCCACAUGCCUAUUCAGGUAACUAUGUUCAUGUGCAGUGCCAUUAUCAUUGCCAUCAUCCAGUACUGCAAUUUCUGCCAGCUGAGUUUCUGGAUGCGCUCGGUUCUGGCCACCGCCACAGGAGUGUCUCUGCUGGCUGUACUCUACAGUGCCCCCACCAGGCCAAGCAUGAGUUUUCCAGUAACUGGGAACUCGAGUAACACCAGUCUUGAUACAAGUUGGACAGGUCAGUUAAAUCCCACAGCUCUAGAGAGGCUGGUUCCCGAGGCGAUCUUGUCGUUCUUCCUGCUGCUGCUUCUCGUGUGGUUCCUGAAUCGUGAGUUCGAGGUCAGCUACCGCCUGCACUACCACGGCAACGUCGAAGCCGACAGGCACCGCAUCAAGAUCCAGACGAUGCGCGACCAGGCCGACUGGCUGCUGCGCAACAUCAUCCCCAUCCACGUGGCCGAGCAGCUGAAAGUGACUCAGAGCUACUCCAAGGACCACGACAACGUCGGCGUGAUCUUCGCCAGCAUCGUAAACUUCAGCGAGUUCUACGAGGAGAGCUUCGAGGGCGGUAAAGAGUGCUACCGCGUGCUGAACGAACUCAUCGGCGACUUCGACGAGAUGCUGCGUAAGCAGGCGUUCUCGAGCGUGGAGAAAAUCAAGACCAUCGGCGCCACCUACAUGGCGGCAUCGGGGCUAAACGGACGGCAGUGCCGCGAUCAGACGCAUCCCCACGCUCAUCUGCGUGCCCUUUUCGAAUUUGCGCUGGAGAUGAUGCGGGUAGUGGACGACUUUAACAAGAACAUGCUCGGCUUCCAGUUCAAGCUGCGCAUCGGCUUCAAUCACGGACCGCUGACCGCCGGCGUCAUCGGCACCACCAAGCUGCUUUACGAUAUCUGGGGUGACACUGUGAACAUCGCCAGCAGGAUGGACAGCACGGGGGUCGAAUGCCGCAUUCAGGUGAGUGAGGAGAGCCACGGCGUGCUUAGCGCGAUGGACUACACCUUCGAUUACCGCGGCACUGUUAACGUCAAAGGGAAGGGACAGAUGAGGACAUAUCUGUACCCCAAACUUAAUGAGAGCGGGUCCAAACAAUUCUCUGAGCCUCUGAGCAAGGAGGAGAAUACAAACAAACUACCCAGCACGGCGCUCGCCGUAGCAACCAAUUCGACACCCGCAUCAUCGUCUGCAACCAAUCACAGUUGUUCCUCUGCUUCCCCGAGCGUCUGUCGAAACAACUGCGGGUUGCCACAGAGACCUAGCGUAGGCCCGGCUAAUUUGUCAGAAGCGUGGCACAAAGACACUUUCAGAGACCCUUUGCUCAAAGGCGAGUCUUCGGAGAAUUCCGCUCCCGCGCCAACUUUUGGUGGCACGCAGCCAUCUUUGAUAGCACAGAUUAGCGCGCCUCUAGCCAGACCAGAGACACCUUUACGAGCUGAGGAGGAGGAGGAAGAGGAAGAGGCGAACGAACGCUCGAGGCUCCGAGUGGGAGAGAGGCUUUAAUCUGCUCCUGACGCUGCUGAUCUUCACUGUCUUGUCUGCCUCCCUUGGGCAUGAGGGUAUAAAUUUCACUGAGGUUCACCUCCUGAGGUGCCUUAAUAAUCGCUAUUUGAUGUAGGAGACCAAUCUGUUUGGUUUCCUGCUUAAACAACUUUAUAAUAUUAAACAAUGUUAUAGGGGUUGGGGGGGGAUUUGGGGGUUGUGGUUUCUGUGUGGAUCACAGUCUGGCACAAAAAUGAAAGACAGGACAAACGUGGGGUUUCUUUUUACGUUUCUGGGGUUCUCAUUAUUUCAGUGGCGUGCUCUUUGAGGUUGUUAAAGUGCCUUCGGUAAAUAUGAAUUUGUGCACACAUCUAAACAGAUAACUACACGAACAAAUUGGAGGUGACGAAACAAUGCUAGCAUGCCAUUUAAAAACAAAACAAACAAAAAAAAUGAGACUGACAACGGACAAUUCUGUGGUUUUUCGAUUUCUUUUCCUAAUACAGUUUUGUUAAUAUAUUGCAGUUAUUUUUGCUGUACUCAUUUCUUAAUUUCAGAAUAUCGACAUGUGACCUUAGGGACGGGGUAAAAAUAGUGCCAGUGGCUGAGUAAGCAGUAAGAAGUGUUGAAUCAUAGAUCAGGGGAAUGUAAUUUUUUCAUUAGGGUAUUAGAUCAUGGCUCUUGGGCAAUCGGUUCUUUCACAAAAGUUUUUUUUUUAAUUAUGUUUGUUUGCUAGGAGCAACUCUAAGUACAGCUACUCAACCAUGUUUUUUGCUAAAUGCACACCAAAAGUUUGAGGUGUUGCUGUCAACCCGAGGGAAAAUUUGCUAGAAAGGGAUACAAGUAACGCACAAUGCAACCAAAUACCUGAAAUGCAGCCGAACACUUUCCAAAUGGCAUGUGCUGAUAUCAAACAAAAUUUUUUUUUUUUUUUUUUUACCUUUAUCGUAGUUUGCAAUAAUAUUACCAUGUUGUUGUUUUUUUGCUUAUUUCACUACAGAUCAUUUUCUUUACCUCAGUUCAGCCUACUAUUUUCAAAUCCCAAUCACAGGAUAUAAAUUGUUCAAGCAGUUAAAAAUUUCCUUUCGGCAAGGCUUUGCUGAUCAGUCAGUGUCUCAAACUCCCACGAAGAAACUGCAAAUCUUAAACACAACAUUACGAUGCUUAAAUACAGAGGGGUGAUGAUAAUCGUUCACGUUUUCUAAGAAAGUUAAGAAAGCCAAUGCGGAUGCGUUUGUCCGUCUUUGUGUAAAGUCGCGUGUAAAUAUGACGCUGAAUCGAACAAAUGUGCUCCGUUUAGCCACGCCCACAAUCCUCCUUUUUUUUUUAGACAAAAAGCUCCUAAACGCGACAUGCGCCGAAUCUUCCGGGAAAACAGCUCGGCCACUUCUUUUACAAGGCGGCAUUACUUUCGACUUAAUUGAAUGGCUAGUCUUAUGUUUCACAAAUGUUUUUAUUCGAAUCUUAGGUGUAACCUAAAAGAAUAAUGUGAAGUCCGUGAUAAAAUGUAUGCUCUAUAAUUAUAAAUUAAUUGGGGAUAUUUGAUACCUUUUGUUAACUGAGACACAAUAUGGACUAAAGUUUGUGGACACCUGAGCAUUGAUUGGUAUGUGCUGUUUUGAACAUCCCGUUCCACAUUUACUGUUAUAAGAACCUCCAUUCUUCUGGGAUGAUGUUCUACUAGAUUUUGUGGAGAUUUGUCAGAGUGAAGGGAAAAUGUCAUGCUACCUCCUUUGAUCUUGUGUUAAAAGUUUGGGCGAAGAACCAAAUCGGGGAAGAUGGAAAGAGAAAAAGUCGGGUGACUUUUGGCCACGCCGUGUAUCAGGCCCUCGUUGAAUUAUUUGGCGCAUAAAAAUUUGCAUAAAGGGAGUAUUGUCAUAUUUUUCCAACUUAGCUCCAUUGCAGUGAAUUCUCCUCGCUUUGGUGGAGUUUCUAGUCACCUUACACUGUGCAGCGUUGUGCAGCAAUCCAGUAAAACCUCGACUUUGUGACAUUUUCGCCCAACAGCACAAAAUCUCGUUUUAACAAGAAUAAAAUAAUCAUAAGGGAUUUUUUUUUUUUUCUUUUCAACAGAGAAGCAUUUAGCCAAGUUAUUACUGUGAAGGAAUGAUUUAUAUUUGUGUUCUAAGAGGAUUUUUUCUAUUAACUGUUUGGUUGAAUCUGUUCGGAGGCGUUCUCUGAAACAUUUCAGAAGAUGGAAUGAGAAGAAAAAGAAAAAAAACACUUUGAUAUUUAUGUCGGACAUGGGACGGUGUCCUGUUUGAGUGGGAUUGAUUUCUCAGAUCGUGCCAGUAGUGUUUAGUGUCAGUCUCUUUCUUUCUUUCAUUGGAGCCUUUCUGCUGUAUCUGUGCAUUUCCAGUCGUGCCAUUUGUUAUAAAAAAUGGUUGAACUUCUAUUCUUUUUCUAGUGCCUUUUUGUUUUUCUUUUUUCCCUUUAUUCACUCCUUCCCGUGUGAGAGGAAGUGAUGCUGCGUGGUUGAAUUGUGCAAAAUGCGUUCUGACUGCAUUCUCUAUGAGCCUUUUUCUCUUUGCACAGCCUCUUCUGCUCCACCUCCUGCCACCCCUUUUCAGCUCAGUCCAGAAGGGUUCUUUUUUAUUUAAAUUUUUUUAUAUAAUGGCAUUACCUUUCAGUCAUGUAGCAGAUCAAGAGCUGAGGAAGUCACUUGUCUGCAUUGUUACGUUGUUCUUACGAGCGAGGAAGAAUCUAAUCCGAGCCUGAGAAUUUGAAGGUUAAAGGACUUGCUCAAGGGCUAAAUGUGCCACCGCUUUGCGCCAUCCCCAUCACAAAUCUGCUGGUCUGGAAACAAGGAACGUUGCAGUUCCGUUGCCAUGACGACCUGCGCGGCCCGUUCACUAACCGUCGAUUUAAAAAUGUGAUCUCCUUUUCUGUUCUAACACUAGAGACUCCUUCAAAAGAUUGUCUCCUUACAGAAAACAUCUUCACACGACUUUAUUAUUAGACGAACAGCGCCAUUUUCAAAUUCUGCAAACAGCGGAUCUCAUAAAGCUUCACACAUUCCUCGCUUCAGCAGCAGAUCCGUGGUGGUGGAAAUGGCGUCGCUAAACCGUAGCUCUCUGGCAGUCCUGGGAUUCGAACCCGCAAACUUCUGGUUACAAGCGCGGCAUGAUGACGAAACUCAUUACAUUUGCUGCUUAAUUGAAGCAGAAGGUCCUGAGACUUUCCCUAUCUUUACUUCUCCGGAAGAAAAAAAAACAAAAACAAUCCAGUGCCUUUUUUUUUUUUUUUCCUCUUAGCACUUUCUCAUCAAUAGAAAAAAGAAAUCGUGUCCUGUAUCGCAAGACCUUUUUUAUUGUGCGUUUCAAAUCCUUCAUGGAAAUAAAUAUAUAUAUUAAAAAAUUAAAGAAUCAACACUGUGUAUCUUGAUAUGAUAAUAACUUGGGAUAAAUGAGGGAUUUUUCUUUUUAUUGUUCAUUAUUGUAUGGUGCACUGCUUUUUGACCACACUAAAGUCUGAGUCACUCCAGAUAUGUAUGAUCACACCAUCAGCUAAAAGAUUUAUAAAAGAGAAAAAAAAAGGGGGGGGGGGCACUCAUGCCUAGCUGUUUUUUGUUUUGUUUUGUUUUGUUUUUGGACUUUGGAUUUCACUCCAGUUCACUUGAACCCAUGAGCACUUGUUGCAGCUUUGAUGCCCUGUAGAGCCUAAAGGGAAGAAUUUCUCGGUUGCGUUUCAAUAAUGUUUUUAUCACUCACUUUCAUUCGUUUCAUUUCAUUUAGUCUGACAGACUAAGGAACUACCAUCAGGACACCUUUUGCAAGCGUCUCAUAAGCACACAUUGAUUUCGAGGAUCGUAAAGACUCUGUAGUGGUGGUUAUGUCAUUGGCGUUGCGCUCAUCUUGUAAUUAUGACAUUUCAAGCAAUAGAAGUCUGUCUUUCUUGCCCUUUUUAUUUGGGACAUGGCGUAGUGUAACAUUGUGAUGAGAGGAGAAGAAUUUAGAAUACUAGCUUGCAAACCAACUAAGUGGAUAUUGUAAUAAAAUUAAAUCACUCACAUCUACAUGUUUAAACGGGACGAGUCUUUUGAUGGUUUUAAAGACCUGGGGCAUAAAUUAUUAUUAUUCAAAUAUUGUGAAUUUCACUUAAUCCUGAGAGGAGAAAUCUGUUAAAGUUGUGCCUUUAUGUAAUAAGCUGAUGAGUUAUUUGAAGAUGAAUACAUGUGUAAAAGAAAAUAUGGAUUAGGUUUGGGUGUGCUACCAAAGGUGGAAAAAAAAAAAACAAUGAAAAAUGUGCCAUCAAUUAUUUUAUUUUUUUUUCUUUUGUAAAAAUGAGUAUUAUAUAUUUGCCAUAUGGGAGGAUGUUUUUAUGUAAACCAAAGAGAUCUGACAAAUUUA